UCUCCUGCAGUCUCUUCUUCCCUUCCUGUACACUGCAGACAUCCCAGAGACCAUCGGCUGCAGGGGACCCUCCUGACCGCCAUCUGCCCCACACAAGGGAAAAAUUGUGAUUUUGACAUGAAGGAGAAAUGUGCCAAAAUAGGCCCGGAUGUCAAGUGGUUAAAGAUGUCUGAAAGCUUGCCGUUCUCGCAAUGCUGCGGACUCCUAACAAAUCAGAAGCUGCCUAUCCCUCUGCAGGGGAUCUGGGUUGACGCUCUGGUGAAAGGCUUUGUGACGGAUGUAUCAGCGACUCUAAAAUAUAAGAACAAGGAGGAGAAUGCAGUGGAAGCCAUCUUUGUCUUCCCCAUGGACGAAGACUCGGCAGUCUACAGCUUUGAGGCCACAAUAGAGGGGAAGAAGAUUGUAGCUGACCUCCAGGAGAAGAAGCAGGCUAAAGAAACCUACAAUGAAGCCAUCAGCCAGGGUCAACAGGCCUUCCUUCUGGAGGAAGAUGAGAGUUCCGGGGACAUAUUCAGUAUCAGCGUUGGGAAUCUUGCUCCUGGUCAGGAGGCCGAAGUCACCAUGAAUUACGUGCGGGAGUUGUCAGUGGAGGCAGAUGGAGCUGUGCGUUUUGUUUUACCGGCUGUGCUCAACCCAAGAUAUACCCCAAAAGGUGAAAAGGAGAGCAUUACAGCCACCCUACCCAAUGUUCCAAUAAGUGAUCUCCCAUACACGCUGAGCCUGAACGCCCAAUUCCAAUCUGCUUAUGGCCUUAACAAGAUCGAGAGUCCAUGUAACAUCACUCCAAUCCAGUACACCAAUGAGGACAAGACUGAGGCCAAGGUGUCAUUGGCUGAAGGCCAUAAAUUUGAUCGAGAUGUAGAAAUUCUGGUCUACUAUAAUGAAGUGAACAAGCCCAGCGUCACUCUGGAGUCCGCUCUUCCAGAUGCUGCAGAAGAUUCUUUUAUGGCAUAUCCCAUCGCCAUGUUGAAUUUCUACCCCAGUUUUCCCGAGACUCAGGAACAGUCAAAGUGUGGAGAGUUCAUAUUUGUCGUGGACCGGUCUGGCAGUAUGGACUGUCCGAUGAACUCUGAGCCGAACGCCCCAAUGCGCAUCCAGAGCGCUAAGGAGACACUGGUUCUUCUAUUGAAGAGUUUACCCCUUGGCUGUUACUUCAACAUCUAUGGCUUUGGCUCCACGUUCGAGUCUUUGUUUCUGGAAAGCAUGGAGUACACACAGGUGACUUUGGAGGCAGCAGUUGACAAGGUGAACCAGAUGUCUGCAGACUUGGGAGGAACGGAGAUCCUGGAGCCGCUAAAGAAAAUCUACAAAACGGCUGGAAGACCACAACACCCGAGACAAGUCUUCAUCUUCACAGAUGGCGAAGUGGGGAACACACAGCAAGUGAUAGCCGAGGUCCAGAGAAAUGCGCACAAUCACCGGUGUUUUAGCUUUGGGAUCGGUGAAGGAGCCUCCACUGCUCUCAUUAAAGGCAUGGCCCGGGUAGCAAGCGGCAACUAUGAGUUCAUUACCGGAAAAGAUCGUCUGCAGCCAAAAGUUCUGAAAGCUCUGAAAUGUGCCUUACAACCCACCAUUAAGGAAAUUACCUUAAACUGGACCCUUCAUCCCGAUGUGGAGCAGAAUUUGGUGUCUCAGGCCCCCACUGUCCUCUUCCAGGGUCAGAGGUCCAUAGUCUACGUCCAGUUCAAGGGAAAGCUGGAGGAGGAGAAGGAAGCCCGGGUCUCUCUACAAUACAAUUACAAAGAGGAAAUUGUCACCAAUGAACUGCAUUUUACUCUGAAGUUUGGCAACGUAGAGAGACCGACCAUCCACAGACUGGCUGCCAAAAAUCUGAUUUCCUUCUUGGAAUCUGAAGAGGAGUCUGAAGAGGUGAAGAAGAUGAUCUUGGAGACCAGUCUGCAGUCUGGUGUUGUCUCCUCUCUCACAGCCUAUGUAGCCGUCAACAAGGACACCAAGACACGUGUGGAGGGACCUCCUGUGCAGAGGUUCAUGCCUCCAGUUGCCAUGGCCUGUUGUAUGCGUCAACCAGUAUAUUGCUACGAUUCCCUGGCACCAAUGAUGGCUCCAAUACAAAUCCUUGAGCUGGCUGAAGAUGCUGCUGUUGGGCCAGACAUCGCUUUUAAAUCUCUAUCAAUUGAAGUCCCACAAGACAUUGGCCAGGGUGACGUCGACAAUGCGUCGAAUUUGGCAGGAGGCCUCGCUGUUGGGUCGCUACCAGGUGGCAUUCCACAAGAACCGCCUACUCCUGUGACAGUUGAGACUCCCGCCCUGUACAGACUAAUCUCUCUCCAGAAAGCGGAUGGCUCCUGGGAAGCGAGCUCUGAAUUUGCCACCAUUCUGGGAAUACCUGAGAAUUUUGCAGAGAGUUGUCCUGUUUCGAAUGUAGGAGGGUCGGUGUGGGCAACUGCCCUAGCGGUGAUCUGGCUUCAUUCUUCCUGUCUGGACCAGAGAGAUGAAUGGGAGCUGCUGGAGGGAAAAGCGGUCUCCUGGGUCAAGGACAGCGCAGGUUCUUCCCUGGCAGAGGUGGUCAAAGCCGGAAACGUGUUUUUGAAGUCAUCGGUGGAUGUUGCAAUUUUUGGUCUCUGAUUUUGUAGCUGGAGAAGUCUCGUGUGUAAUAAAAACUGUACUGCUGAAUAUA